UUGAUAUCUCUCCCCAGUCCCGGACACUUGUUGCAAUGCCACUCCACGUGCUCUUCAUUGACAACUUUUGGGCAAUUUUUCAGAGUGGGGUGUAUCGAUUUUUCCAGGAAGCUUCCCCUGUUUGGAGUUUGCGUAUUGAGGCACUGGACAAAAGUAUCCAUUUUUCCAAGAUGUCGUCCACCUCGAGAGUUAUUAGGAAGUUUUGCAAAAUCUUGUGCUAAUCCAUGGAAAUAGGGUGUCUGUGAACUUUUCAAAUUUAUCUCUGUGAUCCCCAAGUGUCUCUGUGAAUCUCAAGAAAGUGAAUUUUUUUACGAGAUUUCAUCCAAGUGCUAGAGAAUUGAGGAUAUUUGGUAUACAAACUGAGGUGUUAAAAAAAAACUUUCCUGAGGCGUAGUUUUUUGCAUUAAAAAAGGCUCUUAAGUAGGUUUAUUGACUCAAAGGAUUUAGUGAGAGAGUUUUGAGGUGGUUCUAGACAUCCUGGGAAUAUAUUCUGAUUCAAAAGAGCCCGGAAAAUUUCUUAAUAUCCCAACAAUAUGGUAGAGUGUCAAGGAGGGGCUCUGAAUUAGUCAUCAGUCGACAGCCACGAUAUGGAGGAGCUUUUCUUGAAUCUCGUGAAGGAGGCAACGGGGACGAAGUUGUCAUACCUAAAACAGGCAGCUCAGUGUGCUCAUGAUAAACUCUAUCGCCAGCAUGGCAUCCAUCGAGAUCCGUCUUAUGAUUUGCGGUCGGUGUGCUUGGCACCGCUUCAAAUGGCGCUCGAAACACGACGUCCUAAAUUUGUGACUCUGGCUCUAAAUGGAAUGCAUAGAGUCAUUCGAGAUGAACGCUUUUACAUUGGCCUGGAGCCAGAAGAUGAUUCCCUGUGGUUGCCAGCCCAACUCUUGCGAGCCACUGCAAAUGUUACGACAUCGCAAUCCAAUGAGGAUACUCUGGUACAUGUUCUGCGGCUCUUUCUGGCCAUGGCGUGUUCACCUACGUGCACACUCAAUGGGCGCCUCCUCAUUGAAAUUCUCUGCCGCUGCGGAGAGAAUUGGGAGAAUGGCACGAGAGCCGUGAGGGCAGCAUCUUUGGCUGCAGCUAGUCAGUGCUUAAGAACAUUUUCGGCUUUUCUGAAGGAUGAAACAGAAGAGAUUAUGAGGACGGCACCUGGUGCUCUUGUGACGGCAAGUCAAGCAGCAGCUGUCUACAAUGAGGUGAUUCCUGUGAUGCAGUGGCUCUGCAGCCGACUGGUUGAGCCACGUGUAAGUGGCAGUCCCAAGAGAACUGAAUCCAAUGGGACUCUCUUCCUCACAGAAUGCAUUCUCACACUCACAAUAUCGCUACCACGAGAUGUUCAGUCAAAUCCCCAUUUUACGGCAUUUCUGUGGCAGAAAUUCUGCCCAACACUCGCAGCAUCCCGAUCACCGGGAAGGGUGAAUCUGGACAAGAAGUUCACGUACAGGGAUGCUCUGCACAUAAUUGAGAGCGAAACGAGGGGAUUCUUCACAGGACCUGGACUCGAUGGUCCGCAGGCUAGAUGUAUCUAUCUCACGGCAAUUCAACUUUUACGAAUUGCCGGAACUCAAGGAUCUCUCCGGCCAAUGCUUGAGGCUCUCUUUCAUCGGAUGCUACUCUUGCCAUCACCGCAAAAUCGUACUGAACCCUUGCGAUGCGUCAGGGAGAUCUUCAAGUGUCCAGAACGCCUUGUAGAUCUCUCCGUCAUCCUCUAUCCAGACAAGAGUCAAGGACAAAGCUGCAGUGAUGACAUGGCUCUCUUUAGAUUAAUAAUUGAUGCCAUGGAAGAGUGUGCUAAUGCUGCGCAAACUGGUGGCUCUUCAGAGGCUGCUCUGCAGUCCAGUGUAGAGUGUGUUGUGGCUCUCUUGAGUAGUCUUCAAGUGCUGAGCUCAAGUGAAAUAAAUGACUCAAUUCUGUCCAAUCAAGCCAUGGAGACCAUAAAUUCACGAUACACACAUCUCAAUGAAGUUGAUUAUACGGGUCCUCUGACUUAUCAGUCAAUGGCACGCCUUCCAGCUCCCUAUCGGGAUGCUGUGGCUGUAUUGCGACAGAAUGGCUUUGAGACAUCUUCAGCAUCUGAUAGUGAUGCUGAGAAUGUGGAAGCUGAGGUUGCUUCAAAUAAUUCAGGGGAUACUGAGGGCCCUGAAGAAGAGAUCCCUACGUCGGGUGAUGAAGUUUGUGGUGAUUCUGGAUGGCCGUAUUCGUAUUUAGAAGCUCCAAUUCCUGUGAGAAGUGAUGGGGAUAUUGAUCGGAGGCAUGCUAAGGAAUUUGCCAAGCAGCUGACAAAUGAGCUUGUGCCGAAGUUACUUCUGUUGAGGAGUUCUGUGGAAGUUGAUGAGGCUAUGCAAGAAUUUGCAAGUGGUAUUUGUCAGCAGAAUAGUUACAAUUUUUCCGAUUUUGACUACAAUCUCACAGUGAUAAAUGCCGAUGGGAUUUAUCUAGCUACUUAUUCUGCGUUGCUGCUGAGUCUUCAGCUAACACGUGCUGGACACUAUGACAAUCCCGAGGGUGGUAUUAUGAUUCCACUGUCUGAACAGCAAUUUGUGACUUCUGUACAAAAUGCUGGUGUUCUUGUGUAUUUGUCUUCAGCUUGGCUCUGUGAACUGUAUCAGUGCAUUUUGGUGACAAAUCCACUGGUGAGUCUCAAAACAACUGACACUGAUCAGUUUUAUUGUGCCCUGGUUGAUAUGCUGUGCGAUGCUGGUGGCUGGGGUCCAACGCAGAUGCUGUCAGAUUGGCAGCGUCUGCAGACAGUGGCCAAGGUACAGCCUGAUCUCAGUGAGAGGCAGAUCGCGGCGAAGAAACUGGCCAGGAGGUUGCUAACAUGUUGCUGGGAUUCAAUGGUGACAGUUUUAACAGCUGGUCUAGGGGAUAUUGAGGAGUUUAAGAAGAAUCGCUUGGUAGCAUUGUCGAAGAAAACCCUGAGAACGAGGAGGAAGCAGAGGAAUGACGGAGAGACUCUGUAUGCAACAAGUCUGGAAGGACUUCAUGCAGCUGCAACGCUUAGCAAUUCCCUCAAUCUGCAACAUCUUUCUGGGAAAAUUCUUGCGUUGAUUGCCACAAAUGUCUGUCAGUCUAAUGGUCCGAGAAUUCCUGCCAAUCAGGCUCUGUCUAUGGACGUUAUUCUAUCUGGAGGAUUGGAAUUGGGUUCUUUCAGUGCAGACUGUUGGCUUCCGGUUUUUUCGGUAUGUCGUCAUGUGGCUCAGAUGGAACAUGAAUUGUUUAGCCUGCAGAAUACGGCAAAUCUAAAUGGGCCAAGUGGAGUAGGAAAUAAAGAUACAAAUGACAAUUCUGACAAUCGUGGACUCAAUGCAGGAACUGGAGCUGAUAAACUGAAUCUCAGCGCUUGUCCUAUUGACGAUGAUGAGACUUGUGUUGAUGUUUAUAGUUUCCUUCAAGCACCUCUGCAGAAUCCCAAUACGUCAGUUUCCAGCAUCUUGAAAGCCUACACGGGUAAUGAGCCGGCCCUAUUGACUCAGGCGGAUACGGCAAAGGUUCUCUGUGCCCUAUCCCAUCAGGCAGAUAAUUUGUUCAGUGAUGCCGCCGAAAGGCUUAGCCUUCCGGCAUUGUGUCAAUUCCUACGGAGUCUGUGCAAAGCCUCACGGGAGCAGUUGUACAGAAGCUCUAGUGGGAAGAGUGGACGGAAGUCCUGGUGGCCAUCUAGGAGUAACUGGAAGCAAUCUCCGGAUUCCUAUCCACUAUCACUUUUGCUUCAUCGAGUUGGAGAUGUUACACUGAGAGUUUUCCGUGGUCCACGGCCUCUGCUGCAUAUUCUCAAGGUUUGGGCCAUAACGGGACCACAUCUGAUGGAUGCUGCCUGUCACAAGGACAGAACAAUCUCCAAGAGAGCCAUUGAGUAUAUCCAUGAUGUUAUUACGGCACUCCUAGUGGAACAGUCAGAACUGCCACAUUUCCACUUCAAUGAGGCUCUGCUGAAGCCAUUUGAGAAUCUUUUGAGUAUGGAGACGUGCGAUAUUGAUGUGCAGGAUCAGAUUGUGGCGUGCCUGUAUGAGAUUGUUGAGGCACAUCGAACAGAAAUCCGAUCGGGAUGGAGACCACUCUUUGGGACACUCAGAAAUGCUCGCAAUCGUCCACUUCAUCUAUCCAAUGUCACGGACAUCUUUCGUGUUUUUCUCGAUAGUGACAAUAUGCUGGUGUUUGCUAAUGCCGGACUUGACUGUAUUCUGUGUCUGUUGUCCUAUUUGGAGAUUUCGGGUAGUGCUACGGGUACCGAUGAUGAUACUAUACGUCCAACUGAUUUUCUUCAUGAAACUCUUAAAUUUCUCGAGCGUUGCUCCUCAAUUUUGGCCUUUAUGUACACCAUGCCCAAAUGUCCGAAUCUCCAUUCAACGUACAAAAUCAAAGGCAUUAGCUAUACCCAUGUCAUUGAUGCUAACAUUCCAAAUUCCAUGGAAAAUUUCACAUAUUUCGGCAAUGACUAUUUACAAAAUAACAAUGAGAAGCACAUGAUCUCCUACAGAUCUCUGCAUAUUGACAAAGAAUCUGUGGUGAAGAUUGAUGAGCUGGACAAAGCGAGCGGUGUGCUCAAAGUGUGGUUCCUUCUGCUCGAUGGUCUCACAAACUCCCUCAUUGUCUGUCCCACAUCCCAUCAAUCGCCCAUUCUGCAGUGCAUUUUUAAACUGUUCAAACUCCUCCUGAUCAGUCCGGGUAUAGACUUUGGUUUCUACUGCAUCAAUCAUCUGCUGAUACCUAUGAUACAAGACUGGUUGCGGUAUGUUAACAAGACACAACGCAGUUGGCAGCCUAUUGAGAAGAACUUUAAGCACUGCUGUGGAAUGGCUACGGAUCUCAUUGUGGAAUUUAUUGAGAAGUCCCAGCGCAAGAUUCCCUCCAAUACGACAAUACAUACCAAAGUCACCAGCAUUCAGCGCCCAGUGGACAAUCUCAAGUACAGUCAACUGAAGGGGAAAGCUGAGAGUUCAUCGAGUAGCGAUGAAACCACUUCCACAGACUCCCCUACGAAAAUUCCAGCUCCAGCUACGUUGGCACUCAAGCAAUUGUUGCUGGUACUAAUUGAGUGCACGGCUCAGGUGCAGGAAUCCAUUGCCAGAGUUGGAGUGUCCUGUUUGAAGCACGUUAUCUUGUCAACAGGACACAUCUUCAAUGAGGAUCAGUGGAUGAUUGCCUGUUCGGCCAUUCACAGAGCUUGUACCGUAACAAUAGCUCCUCUUCGGCAACUGGGAUUUGCCUUCAAUGAGAAAUCCAACAGCUUCUACGGAGACUGCGCUACUGUUAAGGUGGCUGCUCGAAAGGACAGCACAAUUGACGAGCUGCAGAGAAUUUAUGCUCUCGCUCAGCAAGUCUUUCUCAUGGACAAUCAGCGGGAAUUGCUGGCUUCGAAGCCCAGCAAUCACGAUGGCAAGCACAUUAUCGAUGAUCGUAGUUACUCCUUCCUUCUCUAUCCUCUGCCUAAUGGUUAUGGGCACAAUAUCGAUAACUUUGUAAUUCGCAUCCCAUACAGAAAUCUCGUGAUUGGUCUCCUGGCCAAUCAGAUGCUGCUGCAGCUCGUGGCGAAUUUGCUGCUCAGUAAGCUAAAGUGCGUCCCACCAGAAGUGCAUGGGUGCAUUUUUGAGGGAUAUCCGGCCAAUGUUAAGGCUGAGUAUGAGUUGGGUUUCAGGUCGCGUGAGAUGCUGCUGCGUUGCAUAAAGCAGUACAUUACGAGUGCUUUUGAAUUCGAUUCGCGUCCAGGGUUGAAGUUUCUCAUGCAGAAGGUGUCCAAUAUUGACUUUGCAGCUAAUUUGUAUAAGCAGAUGAUCUCAUCGUGGAUGGUUUACUUCAUAUCGCUGGUGGAUUCGUAUCUGUCAGAUAUUGAGGUGUAUAAUUUGACAACUGAGGAUUUACUGUAUAUCCUUGAAUCUUGUUCCAGAGUUAACACCACCACGGUGAAAAAGAAGGAGAAUUUCGUGAGAUAUUUAUUUUGUCUGCAGGAUGCGUGGAAUUUAAUCUGUGAACAGUAUCUCAAUCAGUCGAAUUUGCAUGCUGGGAAGGUGGUAAAGGAGGAUUUGGGGGUUUAUGAGAGAUGUGAAGAGGAUCAGGUGGAUGAUUGUGCGGGAGAAAAGGUCGAUGAGGAAGUUGAGAAGGAUACCAUGAGUCACAGCAAUAAUCCCUUUCAUGACAACUACAGGGAAGAAUGUGAGUCUGAGGAGAUACGAGAGAGGAGACUGUCACUGGGUUCGGAGAAAAUGAGGACAGAAGAGAGUGGUGGUGGAAGUUCUCCGAGUUCUGUUAGUAGUCGUCAUCAGCCAAUAAAGCGAAUGAAUCCUUUUGAUAUAAAUCGCUCUCCAUCUGUCGAUGGGAGCUCCAUGAAUUUCUCCAGUGAGUCCAUAAAUCAGGCAGUUUCGCCGGAAAUUGAGCAGCAACGUGCAUCGAGUAUCCUAAGGGAUUCGGUGUAUAAACGUGCUGCAAUCACACAACUUGUGAUUGCAUCCAUGGAACUGCUCAAAUCGCUACCCGAGGAAUCUUCGGAGAAGCUCAAAGUUCUCCUGACACCAACAAUUCGGGAGGCAUUUCGACUGGUGAAGGCGCAAGGGCGUGAAGUGAAGGUGGAACAGGUAUAAUUGCUCAAUGUAUACCGAAUAGGUAUAAUCGUUAUAAGUUUUAAUCCUCCACUUCUUCUCUUAUGACACCUCUCUAUCAAUUUAUCCUUUCCAACUAAAUAGCUUCUUUUUCUUUUUAAAAACUCUCUAUAAUCCACUUUUCACUUCAACAGAGAGAGAAUUUUAUUUCGAUAUCGUGCUUCUUUGCUUCCUUUUUUCAGUUUAAGAACAAACAAACAAACAAAAAAAACACCUUUUAUCUGCUUCUAAUCUUAUAAAUUUUGCUCCGCUGUAUCUCUUAUUUAAUCACGUUUUGCCAUUUUGCGUAGAAAACUAAAUUUUCAAGAAUGUGUUUAUCAAGAAUAUAAGUACCUCUUCCUCUAACAAUAUAUAGUAUAAUCGUAUACAUGAGACAUAUAGCGGAAAAAAAAGAAAGAAAAAAAACUAUAUUUAUUUGUGAAAUAAUCAACAGUUAUAAUUGUGUGCAAGCAGCAGCCAAAUAUGAAAAUUUUAUUGCAAAAAUAUAUUUGUGCAGAAAUACUAAAAUU